AUGGGACAGUACGCUGCCCCUUGGGCCAAUCGCGUCACUCGCGGCUACUUUGGCGGCGGCGGCGGGCAUCUCCUCAUGCUCUUGAUUCCUGUGGCGCUUUUCUUAUUUGGCAUGACCUUCCUCCCCAAGUACACGUACAACGACCCCACGUCGGCCUUCUUCAGUCCGACACACGCCUACGGCCGCAGGUAUAGCAAUGUCCGCCUGGAGGAGAGCAGAGAGUUCAUCAGGAAAUACAAUGCGACUGGCGCGCCCGAGUUCCGUCGCGAGCUCCCCAUCAACCCCGCCAACCCGCCGCCCUUCCUGUGCGCCACCGUCACCACCGUCGUUCGUCCCAGCGGUGCCAUCUACUUCCCAGAAACCGUUGGCAGCCUCCUGGCCGGCUUGAGCCAAAAGGAGCGUGACCAGAUCUACCUGAUGCCCCUCUUUGGACACACCAACCAGUCGGAGCAUCCCAUCUUUGGCCAGCCGUGGUUGGGCAGGGUCACGGACCGCAUCCUGUCGUACGCGGACCCGGACAUGGACACCAAGGACAGGGAGCACGUUGCCGAGCUGGAGCUCGAGUACAAGAGGACCGGAGUCCCGGACAGGGAGAAGAUGAUGUUCGACUACAGCUAUGCGAUCAAGGCGUGCGCCGCAACCAAGGCGCCGUAUGUUUUGUAUUUUGAGGACGACGUCGCCUUUGCGGACGGCUGGUUCCACAGGACCAAGAAGGCUUUGUUCGAGGCCGAGCAAAAGACCAGAGACGAUAAGCGAGGCUUCUUUUACCUCCGACUCUUCCACAUCUCCAAAAAGGAAUGGCCCUCAGAGUUCAAGGUCAGCUACUUCCGGACCUCUGCGGUUCUGCUCGUCAUCUUCCUGCUCAUCUGGCGCUUCAGCAAGCCGACGUUUGCGCAAUCGCUGCGCCAAAAGAGCGCCAACAAGGGCGGCCUGAUCGCCAUCACGGCCCUGGCCACCUACGCCGUGUACACGUACCUCUACUUCAGCGCGGGGGUCGCGCUCGCACACGGUCCCGAGAGGGGCGUAUUCGCCAUGAACUCGUGCUGCGCGCAGGCGACCAUCUUCCCCAACAGGAUGGUGGAGCCGCUGACGAGCUGGUACCGCGAGAAGAGGAUCGGGUUCGUCGACGAGCUGGCCGAGAAGGUAGCCGUCGAGAAGCCGGACGUGUUCGGUCCCAGGUUCUACGUCAAGCCGGCACUGGUCCAGCACGUCGGCAGCAAGUCGUCAAAGGGCGACAACUGGGGCAGCGACAAGCCCGGCCAGAUGGCCGAGGCGGAGAGGGUUUGGAACUUUGGCUUCGAGGCUUGGAACCAGAAGAGUCUGAGGGCAGAUCACAGGAGGGCCGUCGCUGCGGGUGCGGGGCUGCAGAGGCGCGGCGCGGUCAUCUACCGGGCGGCAUGA